AGGGCGCAUUGUGUGGAGAUCAGCCCCUAGCGACGGUGUUAUAAGGAAUUGAAAACGAAGCACCCCUCUUCGCAAAAAUAAUGCUCGUGACAGGCGUUGCAUGCGCAAUGAACGGUUUUGCUGUUGAUUCCAAGUAGCCUCCAGUAUAAAAUGGGUCCGCGUCAUACCCUGACAUCUUCCUUCGAGAGAGGGCUGGAAUCUCAGUUCCCUGCUAGCGUCAGCCUUGGAAGGAGGAGCCUCUAAAACGGAGACAGGCUGCUGUGGAAAGAGGAUUGUUGACCCUCCCCACCCUCCUCAUUCCCCGAGGACCCGCCUUGUUGCUAGUUGGGUGUCGCUCUUCGUUCUGCCUGGUGGUGGCCCUUAGGAGUUUUGAGUCUCGUGAACGUGCACCUACACACACCCGGUGCGUACAGAGGGCUAUAGUGCAGCAGCCAUGACGGACGCAGUGAUGGGCGGUAGCUCGGACCGCUGGGUACCCAACGACAGGCAGAGGAGCAUGCAUGCCAAUGAUAAGGAACAGGGUAACUGGACUAACCAGGACAGGCCUGGUCCCGGCGCUCCGGACCUGACUGACGAGGAGAAGGAGAUCAUUAACGGUGUGAUCGCUCGCGCUGAGAAGAUGGAGGCCAUGGAGCAGGAGAGAAUUGGGCGCCUGGUGAACCGUCUAGAUGACAUGAAGAAGACGGUGUGUGGGGACGGGGUGAACCGCUGUCUGCUGUGUGGGGAGCAGCUGGGUGUGCCAGGGGUCAGCUCAGUGGUGUGUGAGGACUGCAAAAAGCACAUGUGCACCAAGUGUGGAGUGCAGAGUGGGAGCCGGCCGUGCUCUGUGUGGCUCUGCAAGAUCUGCAGUGAACAGCGAGAGGUGUGGAAGCGAUCUGGUGCCUGGUUCUUUAAAGGCUUCCCCAAGCAGUUCCUGCCCUCGCCCAUGCCCAUCUCCAAGUCCAGAGAGUCAAGCGCCCAGCGGGCCUCAGAACCCCAGGAGCCAGCAGCCUCUGACCCCAGGGCUGCUGGUGAUCUGCCACAGGCACAGGCCAGAGGACCAGAGGCACAGGGGCGUGCUGGCAAACCACCUGUGGCCCAUAAGCCGAGAGAGGUUCGCAUUGCCGCUGGUGGGGCUAGUUCUGGCUACACUGAGGGAGGUGCCCAGAACAGCCCAGUGGUGCUGCAGAAGGCUGUUACAGUCCAGAGCUCCAGGCCCCCUCCAGCAGCAUCAGCCAAGCAGGCUCCACUGGAGAUGGAGGGAGGUGGCUACUCCACUAUCACUGCUCCAGCGGAGGAUAGAGUGACUCCUGCAAUCCGGGAGGAGAAGAGACAGCCUGCCUCCUACAACCCCCCUCCUGCUCGACAACAAGCACCCCCGCCUGAGGAGGAGGAGGAUGCAAACAGCUGUGACUCAGAUGAGGCCACCACUCUUGGCGCGCUGGAGUUCAGCUUGCUUUAUGAGCAGGAGAACAACAGUCUCCACUGCAGCAUCCUUAAAGCCAAGGGACUGAAGCCCAUGGACUCCAAUGGACUGGCUGAUCCAUAUGUCAAGCUGCAUCUGCUGCCAGGGGCCAGUAAGUCCACCAAGUUACGCACCAAAACCCUGAGAAACACCCGUAACCCAGCAUGGAACGAGACCCUGGUCUACCACGGACUCACAGAUGAGGACAUGCAGCGCAAGACUCUCAGGAUCUCUGUCUGUGAUGAGGACAAGUUUGGACAUAAUGAGUUUAUCGGAGAAACUCGCGUUGCACUGAAGAAACUGAAGAUCAACCAGAAGAAAAACUUCAACGUGUGUCUAGAGAGAGUUGCCCCUACAAAGAAGACCGCAACAGCUGGAGGGGCUCGAGGCAUUUCGCUCUAUGAGGAUGAGGGUGGAAAGGAUGGUGGAGAUGUGGAGGAGCGUGGUCGUAUCCUUAUCUCCCUCGUGUACAGCACCCAGCAGAACCGCCUGCUUGUGGGUGUAGUGCGCUGCGUUCACCUGGCCUCCAUGGACGCCAAUGGAUACUCUGACCCAUUUGUCGAAAUAUGCCUGAAACCUGAUAUGGGGAAGAAGGCCAAGAACAAAACAAAUAUCAAGAAGAAAACCCUGAACCCAGAGUACAACGAGGAAUUUAGCUAUGACAUCAAACACAGCGACCUGGCUAAGAAGACCCUGGACAUCUCAGUGUGGGACUACGACAUUGGGAAAUCCAACGAUUACAUCGGUGGGUGCCAGUUGGGCAUCACAGCCAAAGGGGAGCAGCUGAAGCACUGGUAUGAGUGCCUGAAGAACAAGGACAAGAAGAUAGAGCGCUGGCACACCCUGUUGAAUGAGAAUCCUGUCAACAGCAACUAACCCCCACCUUGCAUGAGCUAAGUCCUCUCUCUCUACACUCAGCCCCCUCUCCUCUCUCACAUUACCCUGUCUAACCUCCCUCCACACCUCCCCAAUAACCUUCAUUUUAGUUUUAGUAUUAUUGUACUUACCGGUAGUCUUCCUGUCUGGCUGUCGUCAUUCUUUCAUGCCCUCAACCCAACCCACCACAUGCACCCUUUCCAUCCUCCCCUGUUUCCCAGGUGUGAUAUUCCCUUCUCCUAUAAAUCCCCCUUUACUGAAACGUAUCUACCAAGUGGACUCCUCAAGAGGAAAAACAUGGUAUACUUUAAAAUCAUCCUUUAAAAAUCAACAAUUUAAGGCAAAAAAUUAUGUUAAUGUUUGACAUUGCAGUAUACAGUUGCAUUGAGACUAUCAUGCCUGUUGAAGGUGUUAUUGAACUUGACACAUCCCAAACUAAAUAAAAAUCCAUUUGAAAUGCACUAGCACAAAGGACGACGAAGCAAUAUGUUAUGGCAUUCUAUGUGGGAUAACAUCUGCAGCACCCAUUGAACUAUGAAGUUCAUUAGACUGGCAGGUUGUAAUCCUUCAUUUCACCAUACGGUAUUAUUACCACUUGUAUGAGAACGCAAAACCACAUGAAAACACUCUGAGGACGCACAGCUGUUUAUUUAAUGAUAUCUAAUUAAUAUUAUGGCAUUCUCAUGAAGAUGUUUCACAUGCUGCUGAUCUUCUGAAAUUGAGGAUAAACAUAUUCUGGACUAUGAAAAAGGGCAUGAUUUACAAAUCAAUUCAAUGACAUUUAGUUUGGAGAGUAUAUUUCUUUGUUUUUGAAUGUAUUACAUACUAAAAUUAAUAGGCAAUUUAAGUAACUCAUAUUUAUUAAUUUCAAUAUCAGUUUAAAGAUUAACUGAACGAUUGCACUCCUGCUGGAAAACUAAAUGUACUCAAUUUCUGUCAAGUGUUCACUUUUAGUCCUUAUUUGAGUCCUGUUUAUAGCACCCUGGUCUCAUUGACUAGACUUAACAUAGUACAUGUAAAUCCAGGACACUCAAAUUAGCAUGAAAUGUUACGUUUGGUAUGGUUACAUAAGACAGAUGGUUACUUAAGGUAGAGUGGGGUGGGUCAGCGUAUACUGCAAAUGCCUAGCAACCCAAAGGUUGCGAGUUUGAAUCUCAUCAAUGACAACUUUUACAUUUGAGCUAAUUAGCAACUUUUCUACUACUUAGUACUUUUUAGCUAUUUUGCAACUACUUAGCAUGCUAGCUAACCCUUCCCCUAACCUUAACCCUUUUAGUUAACCCUAACCUUAACCCUUUAACCUAACUCCUACACUUAACCUUAACCUUAACCCCUAGCCUAGCUAACGUUAUCCACCUAGCCACCUAGCUAGAAUUUUUUACAUAUAAUACGUUUUGCAAAUUCAUAAUAUAUUAUGCAUUUUGCAAAUUCGUAACAUAUAAUAAGAGUUGUAAUCUUUAACAUAUCAUUCGAAAUGGGAGAUGGAAAACCACAAAUGAAUAUAUACCAUACAACACGUACCAUAUCAUACUGAAUGGAGUGUCUCAGAUUUACGUAAAGAAAAUACAAAAUGCUCUGAGACCAGGUUGGUUUAUAGAGUUCAAAUUUUUUUUUUUUUUUUAUGAGAAUGUUUGCUCUGAAAAGUUGACCAUCUGGUUCAGGUCUUUGUUUACGGUGAAGGGAGAGCGGAGACAGGAAAAAAAUAUAUUUCCCUGGCUAGUAAUGAAAUGUCUACUAUGACAGGUGUGUACUUCCCUAUUGCACAUGGUUUACAAUGACAGCUUACAGAGGUUGUCUACUGAGUGACAAUUUUUACAUUGAAUGCACAUUAUCAGAUUUUUCACUGACACUUAAAGCCUGCUCCACCUUAGACAUACUAAAUAAGACAAUGUAAGGCUGUCGUAAGAGAAUGUGCUGCUUAACUUGCAUGCACUGUGCUCGUGACCCCUGUGUUUUCUGUGCCUGGAGCAGUCACACACCCCCACCCCUUUUACCCACACUGGGCCCCUCCCUUCCUGCCCCAUCCUUUUCUGCUGCACCAAUCACUCAAAGCUUUGGCGUGUGGCUGUUGACCAAUUACCGCAAUUCAAGCAAAGCACACCUUAUACAAUGGAAUGACCUCAAUUUAUACAACUGUUUGCAAGUUUCUCAAAAACCCCUAUGCAUGAGACGUCUUGUGGUUCAUGAUAUAUACAUAGACUUUUUAAGAUACAAAUUCUAUUGUAAUUUGAUGGUUUACGUCUCCAACCCUUAACAUUGUUCCAAAUGCUUUUUUAAAACACUGAGGCCACCGCAACAUACAUUAAUUUAUGCUGCAUGAAUAUUAGGACUAUUGCUGUUAUCAUUUGGUUUCCAAUGGAUUAUAAAUGAGUUGAUGUGACAGGCUACUUUAGCCUCUCUUCGGAGCAUCCUCAGCUUGGUAAUGUGACAGGGAUGAGAGCACAGCUAGGGCCCUGUACCCAGAGCUCAGAUAACACUCAGUGGGCACAUUAAUAAAUGGAUCUCACCGACUAGUUCCUGAAGGCAGAAUAUUAAUGGAGAUGAAUCUCAUCCAUAGAGUGAUGCCUUUUCACCAAGUGCUCGGUCUCCUCCUUUGAUGGGUAAAACCAGGGGCUCACGCAGUAAUGAGAGCCUGUCUGAACUGUGUUGUCUUGUUGUCCACCAGUGGCCACAAUUUCAACAUUAUUUUGUUGCGUAUGCACUUGAUUUUCACUGGUUCUACAGUACUACUGUAGCCUACCUGUUCUGUUCUGGAACCAGUUCAGUGGUCUUUAACCUUCAUUAGUUUCUAUUUUCUCUUCUAGAUAGUAAGUAUCUCUAAACCUAAAGAGGACACAACUGUUCUCAAUUUUUUUCUGCCUACAGUAUUUAAUGAAAUUAUUUGUUGGUUUUAUUUAUGUAACUGUAAAUAAGUAGUGCAUGCACUGGAGAGAAAAUACAUUUAAAUAUCUAUGUAUGUUUGCAAAUGAAUUUGCAUGUAAAGAUUUUACAAGGAGUUAGGUUUACACAGAUCAAUAAAAGCUAUCUGAA